GCAAACCCUAAUAGACCAGCCUGUCACCCCCACCCGCAGCCGCCGAUUUAGCCAGCCCCGGGCCCGUCGCCGCCAGUCGCCGGCGUUUCGCCUCCCCAUAGCACCGUCGCCGCGCCGCCCGGCCGCCCUCAUCGUCGACUCCGCCCCGGCCGGCCUCUCCGUCGACUCCGCCCGACCGCCGCGCCCGCCGACUCCGCCCGGUCGCCGCGCCGGCCAUCCGCCUCCAUCGAUGGCCUCCUCCUCCGACGCCCCCGGCGCUGGCGACGGCGACGAACUCCUCGACGAGCUCCUCGACAGCGCCCUCGACGACUUCACCAGCCUCGACCUCUCCGCCGCCGCCCCCAAAAGCGUGGAGCCCUCUGCGUCGUCCUCGUCGGCUUCGGGGGACGCGAGGCCGGUGAAGGGGCUGGGGCUGGGUCUGCCGGACCCUAAGGCGCCGAGGCGGCGGGCUGCGAAGCAGCCCACGGCGCCGCCACCGCCGAGGGGCGCCUACGCGUCGGAGGCGCUCGAGAAGUUGACGCGCGAGACGAGGGAGGCGGUGCGGGGGCUCGAGACGGCCACCGGGGCCAUGGCGGGGCUGGACGACGACGCGAUGAUGGAGGAGUUCGUCAAGCAGUUUGAGGAGUUCGCUGGUGCGCAGGAUAUGGACUCUAUUGUUGAAACAAUGAUGCAACAACUUCUAUCCAAGGAGAUUCUUCAUGAGCCGAUGAAGGACAUUGUGGAAAAAUACCCGAAAUGGCUGGAGGAUAAUAAAAGCAAAAUAAGCAAAGAAGAAUAUGAGCGUUACAAUAAUCAGCUUGGACUCAUGAUGAAGCUUAAUGAUGUCUACGAAAAUGAGCCAGAAAACAUGACUAAGAUUUUUGAGAUCAUGCAAAACAUGCAAGAAUGUGGUCAACCCCCCAGCGAUCUUGUUCAAGACAUUGCUCCAGAUCUGGAUCUGAGCAAGUUGGGACAACUGUCUCCAGAGAUGUUUGAAUCAUCACCAAAUUGCUGUGUAAUGUGACGAGUAAAGCAUUCCGUCGUGGGUUCGUGGAUUAUGAAGUAGAUAUCCUAUCUCUACCCUUUCCCUAAAGUUACUUUCCUAUGGAUCAAUUGUAAAGCUUUACACAUACAUAAUGAACUCAAUGUUUUCUUAUUCUUCAGCAUCAUAUACAUUUCUUCCAAUUGAUUUACUAUGAGAGGGAAGAAAAUAUACCCCUUUGC